AUGGAUGUAGCUACGUUUGGUUCUUCCAGCUCACCAUGCUCAGCGCAAUACAUCAGAGAGCAUGCGCAAGAGUUCCCGAGAGCAGCGGAGGCCAUCGAACGUCGUCAUUAUGUCGACGACUACUUCGACAGCUUUGACGACGAGGACGAAGCAUGUCGUGUUGCACAAGAAGUAAGGAUAGUUCAUAAAAGAGGCGGUUUCACCAUUCGGAAUUGGUUGUCCAACUCUUCCGAAGUUCUGCGACGGGUCGGGGCAGUGGCCGCGACAAAAGAUGUAUGCUGUCAGAUGCAGCUCGGCGCGGACAAAACGGGUCAAACAGAGAGAGUUCUUGGGAUGCUGUGGGCACCCAUGCCUGACAUCUUCACCUACGCGGCGGUUUCCGAACUACCAACAAUCACUCCAACCAAGAGAAACAUCCUACGUUGCGUUAUGAGUCAGUAUGAUCCGUUAGGAUUACUCUCUCACUUUCUUGUCCACGGACGCGUGAUAAUCCAGGACAUAUGGAGAAGCAAAGCAGACUGGGACGACAUCGUUGGAGAGGAAAUACAGGAGCGAUGGAGACGAUGGAUCGAAGUUUUCGAGGAUCUUCAGAACGUGCGCAUUCCCCGAGCAUACUUUCCCAGUGCGGCUUCAACGGAAAUCACGGAUCUACAGCUACAUAUUUUUGUCGACGCCAGUGAGGUGGCAUAUGCCUGUGUUGCCUACUUUCGGGCGAACAUCCGAGGGCAGUUCCAGACUGCGCGGGUUGGCGCGAAAUCAAAGGUGUCUCCAUUGAAAUCGCUAUCGAUACCCAGAUUGGAACUCCAGGCGGCGAUCAUCGGCUGCAGACUAUUGAAAACACUAUGCGCGAGUCACAGCUUACCAAUCAAGCGGAGGUUCAUGUGGACCGACUCCAAAACGGUUCUCGCAUGGAUCAAUUCUGACCACCGUCGUUACCGCCAGUUCGUGGCCUGUAGAAUCGGAGAAAUUCUAUCCAAGUCGAACGCUGAGGAGUGGAUGUGGAUCCCCACCAAGCAAAAUGUCGCCGACGAAGCUACAAAGUGGGGGAAAGGACCCAGUUUCGACCCGGACAGCCGCUGGUUCACGGGGCCGCAAUUCCUAAAGGAAGCACAGGAGGCUUUGGCGCGCCAUUGCCUAUAUUUAUCGUCUGGUUGGAAACUUUCGUAG